UUCCCUCGCCACUCUGCAGACCGCUACCGCCGCUGUCCGCUGUCUGUCGUCCUUCGUCCGCAAUGAAGCUCCUGGUCGUGCUGUGCAGUGUGGUGGCCGCUUGCGCCGGCCAGGUGCUGCUGUACCCUGCCCCGCUGCUGCGCUACAACCACCUGGCGCCGCUGGUCGCUCCCAUCUCGACGCAGUUCCGCGCUCAGGACGAGCUGGGCCAGUUCACGUUCGCCACGGCCGGAGACAACCAGGGCCGCGUGGAGAGCAAGUCGCUGGACGGCGCUGUGCGAGGUGCCUACAGCUACGUCGACCCCACGGGCAAACUGGUGAACGUGCAGUACGUCGCCGACGACAACGGCUUCCGCGUGGUGGGCGCCAACAACCUGCCCGAGGCGCGCUCCAGCGCCCCGGCGCCCGUCAGCGACACCCCGGAGGUGGUGGCGGCGCGCGCGCUCUUCCAGAAGCAGUACGAGGAGGCGGCGCGCGCCGCGGAGGCGUCGCCCGAGCAGACGCUGAGCCGGCGCCGGCGCCAGGCGGUGCUGCCCGUGCCCGUGCUGCUGCCCGCGGCCAGGACCACCGUCAAGGUCGCCAGAUACGAGCCCGUCGACGCCGCCGUGCCCGCCUCCACCCGCAAGGUCGAGCUGAAGGAGAAGGAGGAGGAGGUGCUGGCGGCCGCCCCCGUGCCCCUGCCGCUGGCCUACGCCGUGCCGGCGGUGCCCGCCGCCCCCAAGGCCAAGGUGCACCAGCUGGAGGCGGUGGACGCCGCCGUGCCCGCCGCCACCCGCAAGCUGGAGGUCAAAGAGAAGGAGGCGGAGCUGGUGCCCCUGCUGCCGCUGCCCGCCGCGCGCUUCGUCGUGCUUUGAGCGCGCCUCGCACUCAGCCCCACCUGCUAACCACAUCACAGCCACCCACCACUCCCUCAGAGGCCUCCGCGACCACCGACCCAGUCACGACGUCAUCGGCGACAGCUCGGAACCCGACUGACCCAACUCUGCGUC